AUGGCCUCAAGUGACAAUUCACAGGGUACUCAUGCUGCAAAUCCCGAGUUUACCACCCGUGAAUCGUGGAAAGUAAUCAUGAAGACGGUGGAUACACUAGAUGAGGACCUGGUAAAAGGCUACAAAGAGGAUAUUGACACACUUCUGGUUUUUGCCGGUUUGUUCUCGGCGGUCGUGACUGCAUUCACGGUUGAAUCAUAUCAAUGGCUAGAAGAAGACCCUGCCGAUAUAACAGUCGAGCUCCUCACCCAGAUCGUUCAACAGUUAAGCGGUCAAACUCCACCGCCUAGAUCUCCCCUCCAGAAGUUCACACCUUCCGCAUCAGUUGUACGAAUCAACACGUUUUGGUUUCUGAGCCUGACCCUCGCCCUGGUCGAUGCACUCUUUGGUCUCCUCUGUAAACAGUGGGUUCGCGAGCACCAGCGACAAACCAACACACUGACACGAACGCCAGGCCAGGCGUUAGCCCUACGGUGGCUACGAUACCAGAGUUUUGAGCGUUGGCACGUUCCCAAAAUUCUGUCGUCUCUCCCAAUUCUCCUUGAAAUGGCGCUUUUUCUUUUCUUUGCAGGUCUGUUGGAGCUUCUAUGGACUCGUCAUCAUAUUCCAUUUACCAUCGCUCUGGCUAUCCUCGGACUUGCUCUUUUAUUCUACCUCCUGACCACAAUUCUUCCUGGCUUGAGUAUGAUUCGCCAAGUCGUUCGAAUACAUCCCUCCUUUGCUCGUGGCAAUCCGGUAUUUUACCCAUUUGGCAUUUCCCACUUACCAUCAAUCGACUUUAUUUGCCCCUACAAAUCCCCACAAUCGUGGCUCAUAUUCCGGCUCUUUUCAGCUAUGUUUCAUGUUCCAGGUUGCAAACAACUUCUACGUUAUUUCAUCAUCAAGAUUAACCGGUAUUGGAAGGACUACCCAAGUACGCUCGAUGAUACGCUUACCAAAAAUACACUAAAUCUUUCCAACUGGUUAUCACUUGACCUUAACGUCAUACAACGCUUCUCCAGAAUCGAAGGAUGUCCCGACCUCUAUGAAUUCAAGGGAUUCCGAUGGCUCGUGCAGGAGACUCGAGACAUUCCCUCUAUGAUACCCCAUCUCCGGAACGUGUUGGCAGAACUACCCGUACAUCUAGUCAUGCCUGCUGUUUUUGACCGAUGGGGCUCACCGGUCGGAAAGCCUUCAUACGCGGCAGCCGACAUUGACUACGCUCUGAGAUCGUCUCAUGGUAGCGACGUCAACCUAUUCGGUGAUCAAUCAUCAGCGCAUGAUCUGUCUCUUGCUGGCCAGAUUCUGUACUUCCGAAACUGGUUGAGUACUUAUGGGGGAUAUGAACUGGGGGAAGCAGCAGCAGAACUCUGGAAUCGUAUACUCAGAGCACCAAGAAAUAUUCGGUUUAUCAACGCUUUUUUCCGUCCCGAGGAGUUGCUACUGGGCCCACCAAGGUACAGGUGUGGGAAGAUUUUGAGUUUUUUUGGGCAACAUUGGGACGACUUGGACGUCGAGUAUCAAGCUCGAGUUGCAGAGAGGCUAUCCAGGUCUAUCCUCCCCUUCCUCGAAUCACCGGAACAUGAUACCGGACCCACACUCCUCACAUCCGGCUAUGGUUUGGAUUUUUUCACUGCGGUGAAUGAUCAACUUUGCCAAACAAAGGACUUCUUUGAAUGGCGUUACCGCGCUGAACCGUGGAUGUACGUUCUAAGCCAUGUACGACGUAUACAUCAACUACCGCCACACCAUUUCAAGCCGUUGCCCGGUUACCUUCCAAUCCCAUCAGAUGAGCUUAACACGCUCUUGAACGAUUCAUCGGCAUCCAAAUCUGUUUUCGAACCUCUGUUUGAUUCUUAUAAACACUGCUGGGACAACGUGGUAUCCACCUAUCGAAAAAAAGAACUGGUCAAAACAUUAUCGAAUCACAUAUAUCAGUUCAUACCGGUUUCAAGCUCGAAUCCGCCGAGGUUACCAGACGGCAGUCGGAGCUUGUACAAACCACCUUCCGUGACUACCACCUCUGUCUUCCUCACGUCAGACAGUGGCCUCGAAUUUCUAACAUUUGUGAAUGGGAAGCUGGCUGCAGAUGUAGACUUCCAUGAUACACUGAUGAGCGACACUGUUCAGCCGUGGGUAGAUGCUUUAGAGCACAUACAAGUCCUCCAUCGACUGCCCUCUAAAUAUUUCAAACCCAUUCCAACUCGCCACUGGUCGACACGUGAGAUUGUGGGGUUCUAUAGACCGAGAAACCCAAGCAGGCAGAUCCAAAUUGAAUUGGAAGCAGGAGAAAGUCUGGAUGUCUUUAAGACAAAAUCAUUGACAAGCAGUGCCAGUAAUAUUGUAGUGGACCAGGGAAAUCAUAAAGUGAUUGAGGAGAUGAAACAGGACACAGGGAAUUUGGCCAUAAGACAGCACAAGGCAGAGGAUGUAGAUCAGGAACUUGGGGAACUAAAUGCUGCAAAUAAUGUUUGA